CUCAAAUUAAUUCAUCAUUUCUCUCUCUCAUGGUCUCCACUACUCUCUCAUAUAAUUUCACUUUCAUGUAGAGGUGAUCAAAGUUAGCAUGAUCCGACCCUUUUUUUUUUUUUUUUGGCGGCUUUGCGAUUGCAUUUUUAGUUAAUUUUUUUGCAUGACCCAAAAAUGGCCCGAAAACCCACACAACCCAGCCAUUUUGGUCGAGUUUGGGCACCAAAAAUCUGGCCCAAGCUUGGCCCGACCCAAGAAGUGGACUGGUUUUUCGAUUCUGACCCAACACAAAUUCGACCCGACCCGUUUAAUAAUUACCUCUACUAUCAUAAUCCCCACGUUACGUUUACCCUAAUAAAUUAUUCAUUCACGGACAUUAUUAAAUCAUUCUCCUAAAACUCUGUGUAUUUACUAGUAAUGCAAAUAAAAAUACUACCUUCGGUCCAAAUUACUCGCAACUUUGAAAUAUUUUAUAUUUCACAAAUAAUACUCCAAAGUUGCGAGUAAUUUAGAUCGGAUUAUUUUUUAUCGUGAAUUGAACAUGGCCUAUUAGUUUCCAAUUAUAAUAGCCCUAAGCCCCAACCCAAGUCCCCAACCCUUGUUCUUAAAUCAUAGUCGCCUCUAAUACUGCUCACCUCCACUGCCUGAACACGGUAGCCAAAAUGAGAAGCAUCAACAAUAAUACUCUUCCAAACCAUCUCAUUUUGGAAGAAAUCCUUCCAAGACUCCCGGUAAAAUCCUUACUUCGCUUUAAAUCUGUUUCCAAAUUAUGGCUUUUCACUAUUUCUUCCCCUGAAUUUGCUAAAUCCCACCUCCAAUUCUCCUCUUCCCACCCUAAAUUUAUCGUACUUGCUGGGCGUAAUCGUGCAACGGAAGAUGAAUUUUACUUGUUAGACUAUGAUGAUAAUAACAAUUACAAGAUUAGAUACUUGGAUGAAUUGCAAUUUGAAAAUUGGUACAAUCAAGUUGAAUUCUUCUAUAUUGUGGGUUCUUGUAAUGGACUUGUUUGUUUAUAUGUCCAAGAAGUAGGAGAUCGUGACGCUUUUGUUAUAGGUAACCCGGCUACUCGCCGCCAUCGAAAGAUCAUGGUCCCUGAAGGUGUAAAACAGGGUAUAUGGUCCAGGUCAAGGUGCUUGUUCUAUCAUGAAUCCUCAACUGAUGACUAUAAAAUUCUCGGUUUGUUCGUAUCUCGUUUUUACGUUCAUAUUCAUGUUUAUUCUAUGAAUGCUGGAAAUUGGGAAAGAAUUGGUAAAUUAGACAAAAAUAUGGUAUCAUUUGAUCUUUUUUUGUGUUAUUUCCCACAUACUAUUAAAGAUUGCUUUGCACGUGGUGAGUUAGACUUGGUAGUGUUGAUUCAUUGUACUUUUUACAUGUUCAUUGGAAAUUUUUGUUUGGAGGGAGGCAAUCACAACCACAACCACAACCACAACCCUGUUGUUGGGAUUGAUUUGAUUACAAAACAAUUUAAGGAGUUGCCGUCGAUGGAUUGGUUGGAUAAGUAUGAGUGGCAGGAGAAGAUUAUAAAUUUGAAGAGAAUCCGGUUAAUGGAGUUGAAAGGGUGUUUGUCGUUGCUUUGUACAACACCUGAAUUUGCUAAAGAUGAUGUUUGGAUGUUGAAGCACUCUAGUGAUGGGGAUUCUUGGCAGAAAAUGUUCACUAUCAAUCUUACUGGUGUCAUAUACUAUUGUUUUUCUGAGAGUGGCAAGUGUUUGCUUCAUACUAAGAAGGAACUCAAAGUAUUCGAUCCAAGUCGGGAGACACCACAAAUGGCUCUAGGGGGUAUUGCUUUCGAUAAUGGUGAUCACAUAGUUCACUCAAAAGGUUAUAUUGAAAGCUUAUUUUCGCCUUUCUAAAGCCAAGACAAGAAAUGCUCUCAUUUUGCUAUGGGGAAGUGAAAAGAUCGUCUAUCAUGCUAAAUGGCCUGUGCACUUGAUAUCUUCGUGCCUUCUAAGAGUUUAAGUUAAAGUUGAAGAGAAUGGGCAGAGUGAAGAAUCUCUACUAGUGUGUUUUAUGUAGUCUUUUUUAAGUAUAAAAUAGAUUGGUUAAUAUUAGUAGUACUCGUACUUUGAUCUAUUGAUGUUUGUCUUUUGCGUGUAAUUUAAUUGCAAACUAGUACCAGCUACAUAACUAUGUGAGUUUGUAUAAUGGAGUAAAACUGCUUUGCAAAUUGCAAUGUGAAAAAUGUUAGCAACAUUGCUGAUAAAUGCUCUC